UAUAGUUAUUAGUGGGAAAAAUAUCAGAGAGGCUGGAAAAAUAAUGUGUCCAGAAAGCUCGUUACUUUUCAGCAGAGUGAUGCUGUGUCUGGGGUUUAUCUGGGUCUGAGGAACCUGCAGAACUGGUAUCUUCAUAUAAACUUCAGCUUCAUCUGUAAUACGAGGAGCAGUGCAGGUACGUUAGGGCUUUUAAAAGGGCCUCUAAUAAGAAACUGAAGGAGUAGUGAGGAAGAAAUGACUGUGGCUAUGAGCAGUGGGAAUUAACAGGUGUGAGUGUUGUGUGCUUUCUUGCACCCCACUAUAUGCUCUAUAACAGAUAGCCACAGCCCUCAACAUGGGCUCUCCUGCCUUUGAACAUACGAAGAUGCUGAGUUACUUGCUGUCACUGUUGACUCUGGCAUGCCCUUCUGCUGCUGCUUAUUUGGAUGAGCCUAGCCUGGGUAGUAGUUUGUUCCCUCACUAUGAACAUGAUCGUGCUGAUGCUGUUGACUCUUCACAAAAUAAGAGGCUGCAGGUUUUCACAGUGGACUACAACAAUGUGCAGAUUCCAUAUGAAGUCACUCUUUGGAUACUUCUUGCCUCUCUUGCAAAAAUAGGUUUCCAUCUCUAUCACCGAUUACCAAGACUCAUGCCUGAAAGCUGCAUCCUGAUUGCCAUUGGAGCACUAGUUGGAGCGAUCAUCUUUGGUACUGACCACAAAUCCCCACCGGUGAUGAACACAAGUAUUUACUUCUUGUAUCUCCUUCCACCCAUUGUGCUGGAAGAGGGUUAUUUCAUGCCAACUCGUCCAUUCUUUGAAAACCUUGGGUCCAUCUUGUGGUGGUCUGUGCUAGGAUCUCUGCUGAACUCAUUUGGGAUUGGCCUCUCCCUCUAUGGCAUUUGCCAGAUUGAAGUCUUUGGUCUGACUGACCUGAACCUGCUGCAGAACCUGCUCUUUGGCAGCAUGAUCUCAGCUGUGGAUCCUGUGGCAGCUCUGGAAGUUUUUGAAGAAGCCUCUGUUAAUGAGCAGCUUCACAUGAUGAUUUUUGGAGAAUCAUUGCUGAAUGAUGGCAUAACUGUGGUGUUAUACAACAUCUUCAUCGCCUUCACCCAGAUGCACAAGUAUGAAGAGAUUGAAUCCAUUGAUAUCCUCGCUGGCUUUGCUCGCUUCUUCGUUGUGGGACUGGGUGGCAUGCUGUUUGGUGUUGUCUUCGGGUUUGUUUCAGCCCUCAUGACUCGAUUCACCCACAACGUCUCCGCUAUCGAACCCCUGCUGGUCUUCAUGUUCAGCUACCUGUCAUACUUGUGUGCUGAAAUCCUUUACGUCUCAGGUAUCUUGGCGAUGACAGCAUGUGCAGUGACUAUGAAAAAAUAUGUGGAGGAGAAUGUUUCCCAGAAUUCCUACACAACAAUAAAAUACUUCAUGAAGAUGUUGAGCAGCGUCAGCGAGACCCUGAUCUUUGUUUUCAUGGGAGUGUCUACAGUGGGGAAAAAUCAUGAGUGGAACUGGGCUUUUAUUUGCUUCACUCUGCUUUUCUGCCUCAUUUGGAGGACACUAAGUGUAUUUGCCCUCUUCUACAUUAGUAACAAGUUCCGAACGUAUCCUUUCACCUUCAAAGACCAACUCAUUAUUUCCUACAGUGGUCUUCGAGGAGCCAGCAGCUUUUCUCUUGCGUUCUUGCUUCCAAUGAAACUCUUCCCAAGAAAAAAAUUGUUCAUUACUGCUACACUUGUAGUUAUAUAUUUCACCGUGUUCAUCCAGGGAAUCACGAUUGGACCAUUGGUCAGAUAUCUGGAUGUUAAAAAGACCAACAAAAAGGAGUCCAUCAAUGAAGAAAUUCACAUGCGAUUGAUGGAUCAUUUGAAGGCUGGUGUUGAAGAUAUAUGCGGACAUUGGAGUCAUUACCAGCUGAGAGAUAAAUUUAAGAAGUUUGACAACAAGUAUUUGAAGAAAAUCUUAAUUCGGGAACAUCAACCCAAAUCCAGCAUUGUGUCAUUGUAUAAAAAGAUGGAAAUCAAACUGGCCAUUGAGAUGGCUGAGAAUGCUAUGAAAAUUUCAGAAUCUUCCACAGCUUCUUUACAACACUGUAGAAACCGGCGUGAUACCAAGCUCUCCCCUGCAGAGGUGGAGUCCAUGAGGGAUGUCCUGGCCCAUAACCUGUACCAAGUGCGACAAAGGGCAUCAUCAUACAACCGCCACAACCUGCCUUCCAACGCCAGCGAGAAACAGGCCCAGGAAAUCCUCAUCCGCCGGCAGCACAGCCUGAGGCAGAGUUCUAGGAAGGGGAAUAGCUUACCUUGUGGUAGACCGGUUAAUGCCACAAGUGUGCACUACCUCUCCUUGCCGCAGGGCCACAGUGGCCAGCCCACUAGGCAGAAAGCCAGGCAUGUUACUUUUACAGAUAACCCUAGAAGUAUCUCUGAGGCUGGGAUCCCAGUAAAGUUCAAACCCCAGCCCCGACUACGGCCACUCAUAGCAAAGCACAGCCAGGAGGAGCUGGUUCCAAUGGCACACUUGGAUAGAUGCGACCAUUCGUCCCAUUUGUCAGGUCGAAGAGGAAAUACGAUCAAUAGUCAUCAUUUCACCAGAGCAGACAAUCGAGUUGCAAUAUCAAAGCCUCGAGGCAUUGUGAAAAAACGACAGGGGUAUGAGUCAGAAGAAGAGACAGCAAUGAUGGCACCAGCCAGGCCAUUAGAUAUAUGAGGAGCAGAGAAGAGCAAUGUUUGAUUCUCAAGGGCCCUUUGUGCACUGUUCCAGAGAAAAUAACAAAGCUCUUAUAUGAACCAAACCACAAUUUUACUUUUGGGACCAGUGCAGUCAUUCUCAGAUCACUUUUAAGUACUGUAUCAAGGUACUUAGCGGCUCGAGGAAGAUUCAAAUUCUUAUAUGUUUAUAUUAAACUGGCUUUUUGGCAAAACAAUGCAGGAAAGAGAGAAACAUGAUCUUCAUAGGGAUUUGGGUAUGGAUUUAGGUAACAACAGUUGGACAUUUGCAGUGUUCUAGUUGAGAGCUGAUAUUGCCUUCUUCUGUUCUAAACUAUGAAACUAUAAACUAUCCAGGGGAAAGAAUCACAGGGAUGUGGUUAAGACAUGGGUUCUCAGAAUGGUAACUUCAGAGCUCUAGGCAAGUUGAACCUCAGAGUAGCUGAGAUAUUCCAAGUAAAAUGGGGAAAAAGGCGUUUUGAUGGCUCCUAAAUACCACUGAAGAUGCCUGGAAGGGUACAUAAAUGAAAAUAAUUCCUUAGUGGUCAUUUUAAGCUCUUGGAUAUCCACCAGCAUUUCAGGUUUUGGCUUUGGAAAAAUGCCUGAAGUGAGUUAUGGGAUGGUCUGGAAUUCCUGCAACUUCAGAGCGGAGGCAUCACCCACCUACAAUGUUUUUAGAUGAAGAAAGGAGAUAUUCUAGUACUAACAAAUCCAGAGAGAACUCUUCUGGGAGGGAUGCUGUUUGGAGACUAACACAAAGCUCAUAUUUUUCAAAUAUGAGACAGCAAAGGUGUACAAAAUAGACAUGUGCUUACAGCUCUGGUUUAGUGAGGCAGAGGUUUUUGUCAUGGAGAAGCUAACCUCCAUCUCUCACUUCCACCUUGCUGAGGGUGCCCAAAUCACUAGGCUACUCUUUGCACUGAAGCUGGAUCUGCACCUUCAGUGGGAACCAAGAGUUGGACAAAAAGGAAAGGAGAAACUAGUCUGACUUUGUAUCCUGCUGGCUAGCAGGAAAUAAAGGCUCUGUGUUGUGCUGCCAGGUUUUUAGGAUUGUAGAAGCAUAGAAUCCUCAGAUCUAAAAGGGACCUUUUAAGGUCAUCUAGUCUGACUCUCCUGCAAUGAACAGGGAUAUCCACAAGUAGUUAACACUGUCUGGAACCCGGUCUGUCCUGGCCUUAAAUGUCUCCGGGGAAGGGGCAUCCACCACCUCUCUGAGCAAUCUGUUCCUUACCACCCCCACUGCAAGAGACUUUUUCCUUAUAUCCAACCUAAAUCUCUCCUCUUUAAGUUUGAAACAAUUUCCCUUU